AUGCAAGAAAUCUACGUUCCCACUGGUGACGACCAAUGUAUAAGACUGACACUGGUGAGCAUUUUCCAAGAGAUUGCCCAAGUACAGAAAUACUUGGGCUCCAUUCAAGAGACAUUCUCUGUGGAGCUCGAGAGCUGCGAAACCAUAACUCAAAAUCUAAAGAUCCGCUGUGUGUCGCACGGCUCGUGUCGCAGUUGUCCCUUGUACAUCCUCGAGUUCGACCAGGUCUCGAAAAACUAUGCGCUGUGGAAGUCAGCUGGGAAGUGGGCUCUCGGAACUAUUCUGGCUUGUCUAUUUGCCACCCGCCCAGGACCUAAAUCGAAAAUAAAGCUCAACGUGGCGAAGCUGCAAACGUAUCUCGAUUCGACCAAAGUUUCCGAAAAGCAUGAUUCCGAAUUUCUCACGCAAACGCUGCAAAAGCUAAACGUCGACUGGCACUGUGUGCCGUUUGAUUUCCAAGUUUUCCUCGACUUGCUCGACGAAUCGAUCGACCGCGAAAUCCGCGGCAAAACCGGUCACAAUUACCUCGAGCUGGUCUCGCCCUUACAAUACAAAAGUCUCAUUACAAUGGCAGUUUUAAGAGCCAAAGUUACCAGCAGCAAACAGAAGCUGCAAAACGAACUUCAGGAAUACGAUUCGCACAUGGCCAAAUCCCAAGAAGGUUCUGAGGAACUACACUCGUCUGUUGACAUUAAGAACCAGCAACUUGGUAGUAGCGACAACUCUAAGUUUUCUGAGACACCACAGCAUUCACCUUCUCCUAUUGAGGACGAUUACUCGCUGUCUUCAAGACAAAUAAUGACCAAUUUUCAGAAGCACUUCAAAGGCUUGGCCGAAACUUUUGAAACAUUUGACAUCGAAAAGUGUUCUCCUCGAGGAACGCGUAAUUGGAAAGUCGUUAAACCCCCGAAAAGCAGCAAAUCCGAUUCCAAGAAAGUAAAGGCGUAG